AUGGCUGAGGAGGGGUUGAGGAGGACGAAGACACGACAUCGCAAACAUGGUGACACCGAAACAUCCAAACCACGCAAACGAUCCGAGGAUGACACGACCACGACGAAAUCUCCCGCCACCACCGACCGUCCUGCCGAUAUCCAUGCCCUUCGAGAGGCCAGGCUCGCAUAUAUAGCCAAAGAUCCCGCGGAGAGACGGAAAGACAUGAAGUACGAAUAUACGAAGCGUACAACGACGGUGGUGCAGGAGGACGACAAAAGGGGGAGGCGACCCAGGGUUGCGCGAGCCGUUUUAAAAGAUCCAGAUGUCCCUAAAACCGAGCGAAGGGCGACCAAAGGGACAGAGACAAGCCGCAGGCAGACACAUCAGGAUGGCGAUGACGAUGGCUACGUAUAUAACCGAUCAGAAAGAGCGCCCGCCAGAGAUGCAGCACAGAGGGACGCCCCUAAGCGGAAAACAACCAUCGGGGAUGCUAGUCCCAGGAAAUCGGAAGAGAGGCGGACGGCUCCAGAGCGACGGCACACUGUGCCCACGAGACGAAAGGUAGUUUACAAAUUUGACGAAGACUGGACGGACGAGCCCAAGCCACGGCUUCGUUGGGACUCAAGUGUGGUUGAGAAAUCGCAUCGCGUUGAGAUCAAGAGGAGUGCGACAACCACAAAGGCCAAGACCGAGGUGAGUACAGCGAAGGCGUCGGAAGUCACAACCGCAACGAAGAGAACGUCCACUCUGUUCGGCGGCAUCUUACCUCCCAAAGCCGCGCCGCCGAAGAAAGUGUCUUGUCUGACAUGCGGCGCCGACGACGUCCCAAUUGCUCGAGCCGCCCUCCUUCCCUGCAAACAUCGCAUGUGCAACUCCUGCCUCAAGCGUAUCUUCACCAUGUCCGUUACCGACCCAGCGCACAUGCCCCCACGAUGUUGUACAGACCAGCAUAUCGACCUCAAGCACGUCGAGAGGCUCUUCGACGAUAAGUUCAAAGUGUUGUGGAAUCGGAAGUUCCAGGAAUACAAGACCAAGAACAGGAUAUACUGCCCGGGUCGGAAAUGCGGCGCCUGGAUUAAACCACACUACAUCGCGAUCGAAAACGGCCGCAAGGUGGGGCGUUGCAAGCAGUGCAAGCUCAAGGUGUGCGCCAUUUGUUCACAGAAGAUGCACACGACGCGGGAAUGUCCCAAAGACCCAGAAACGAAGGCGUUUAUCGAGACUGCCAAGGAGAAAGGCUGGCAGAGGUGUUAUAGUUGUCACGCCAUGGUCGAGCUCAAAGAAGGCUGCAACCAUAUGACCUGUCGCUGUACAGCCGAGUUUUGCAUGGUCUGUGGGAUGAAGUGGAAGUCGUGCGAUUGCCCCUGGUUCAACUACGAAGCCGUCGAUGCGCAUCUGGGAGAUCCCGUACGGCAUCAGCAGGAGAUCGACAGGAGGAGAGAACAGAUCAACCGAGACGAAGAGCUCGCCCGCCGGAUGCAGCAACUCGGUGGUGGCGAUGCCGGCGGACCAUUCGGCCUCGGCAACGCAGCAGAUCAUCACAUGAAUCAGAAUUUCAUCCAGCAGGCAAGAGAAGCAUUCACCGCGAACUACGCUCAGGCGAAUCGAGCUGCCCGGGACUUGCUGAACGGGUUUGUAAUGGGCAGAGAGAACCAGCUACCUGGCAUGCCCUUGCAGAUGGACCAAAUGCUGGAAUUGCUCGGCCAGGGCCGCGUGCGAGAUCCCGCUGAGGGACCAGAGGAAGGCCGAAGACCACGACGAAGAGGUACCGGCAGGCGGAGGACAGCCGCCGCGGACACGCCGGAAGAUGGUACAGCCGGUAUGGACCGGGGCGAAGAGAGGCGCAUCCAGGAUUGGGCGAACGAUGUCGGUUGA